UCAGAUCGUAAGGUGAUCCAUUUGGAGCUCUCCAUUCGCGGUUCCAACAUGGUGUACGAGCCCGGAGACAGCAUCGGCGUGCUGCCCGUCAACCAUCCCGACCUAAUCACCAACCUGUGCAAGCGUUUGAACCUCAACCCGGACCGCGUCUUCACGCUGCAGCCCGCGGCAGGGGCGGCAGCCAGCGCUGCUGGAGGCAGCAGCGGCGGCCGCGUCGCCAGCCAUAUUCCCAGUCCUUGCAGUGUUGGCUAUGCGUUGUCGCACUGUGUCGAUCUGACGUCUGUGACGCGCAAGAGCGUGCUGCGGCUGCUGGCGGAGCAUGCAACGGACGCGGCAGAGCGCCGUACACUCAUGUACCUCAGCUCCAAGUCCCAAGGCGGCAAGGACGCCUACGCGCACGAAAUCAGCGAGCACCAGCCCUCCAUCCUGGACCUGCUGGUUCGCUUCCGCUCCGUCCACGCCCCCUUCGAAGCACUGCUGGAUGCGCUGCCCCCGCUGAUGCCCCGGAUGUACUCGAUCAGCUCCUCACGGAGGGACCCUGCACGUGGUGCCACACACUUGAGUGUAGCGCUGUCGGUGGUGCGAUUCAAGACGCGGUACGGCACUCGCCUCGGCGUGGCGACCACGUGGCUGGACCGUCUGGCGGCGCCGUUCACCGCGGAGGGCGCUGUGCUGCCGGAGGAGCCCAUCUACGUGCCCAUCUUCCUGCGCCGCGCGGCCGACUUCAAGUUGCCGCCCAGUCUGGCCACUCCGCUCGUCAUGGUGGGACCCGGCACGGGCGUGGCGCCCUUCCGGGGCUUCCUGCAGGAGCGGCGGGCGCAGAUCCUGGCGCAAAAGCUCCUGGGCGAGGCGGUACUGUUCUUUGGCUGUCGCCGAGACGAUGAAGACUAUCUGUACAAGGAGGAGCUUGAGGCGUUCAAGGUGGAGGGGACGUUGGCGGCGCUCCACGUGGCGUUCAGCCGCGCACAGGCGGACAAGGUGUACGUGCAGGACCUCAUCAAGCAGCAGGGGGCGAAGGUUUGGGCGCUGCUGCAGGCUGGGGCCCAUGUCUACGUGUGCGGCGACGGCGUAGCCAUGUCCAAGGACGUCCAUGCUGCGCUGGCAGGUGUCGUGCAACAGUACGGCGGGUUGAGCGAACAGGACGCAACUGCGUUCCUGCAGAACCUGGCACAAGAGCGGCGCUACGUUCGCGAUGUCUGGUCUUGA